AUGGAAGCUCCCCCUCCUGAGGGGGUCUGGUUUGUCCCACCACCACAUCCCCACCAGGAGCAGAUCAAGGACGAGUUUAUCCCUAGCGAGGGUCUGGCGAGCGCCUCCCGAGGGCUGGUGGAACUGCGCUGGCGGCGAUGCAAACAAGGCGGCGCCGCUAAUGCCGGGGGAUUUGCCGGGGCCAGAGGCGGCGCGGGGAUGAGGAACGUAUACCCCACUGAGGAGCACCAAGAGCUGCAGGAGCAUACUGUUAAUAUUGUGUUCUUAUUUCUCUUCCUUCUCUCCCCAGGAUUGAAAAAACGUACAAGGAAGGCCUUUGGUAUACGCAAGAAAGAAAAGGACACUGAUUCCACAGGGUCGCCGGACAGGGACGGCAUCAAGAAAACAAAUGGAGCUCCAAACGGAUUUUAUGCAGAGAUUGACUGGGACAGAUAUAAUUCACCUGAGCUUGAUGAGGAAGGAUACAGCAUCCGACCCGAGGAACCAGGCUCUACCAAAGGAAAGCACUUCUACUCCUCCAGUGAAUCUGAAGAGGAAGAGGAGGCACACAAGAAGUUCAACAUUAAGAUCAAACCUUUGCAGGCUAAGGACAUCCUGAAGAGCGCAGCGACGGUGGACGAGCUCAAGGCAUCCAUAGGCAACAUCGCACUUUCCCCAUCCCCUGUGAGGAAAAGUCCGCGACGCAGCCCGGGAACAAUUAAAAGGAAUUUAUCCAGUGAGGAGAUCGCACGGCCCCGACGCUCCACACCGACACCGGAUCUUGCCAGCAGGAAAGCCGGGGAGGACCCUGCAGCACUGGCACCGCUCUUUGGACCCCCACUGGAGUCAGCAUUCGAGGAGCAGAAGCUGGACGCCACUCUAGAUCAGCCUGAAAUAUGGGGUUCAGCCCAACCUGUCAACCCAAGCGUAGAGUCCCCAAAGCUACCAAGACUUUUUCCAACUGGAACACCUCCACCACUCCCACCGAAAAACAUCCCGGCCACGCCGCCGCGCACCGGCUCUCCUCUGACAGUGGGAUUAGGAGGGGACCAGCCAGCAGCAGAGCUCAAAAGGGACAAGCUCCCAUCCAUCAAUGACUUGGACAGCAUUUUUGGCCCCGUGCCAUCCCCCAAGGCUCCCGCUCUUAACGCAGAAGCCAAGUGGGUCGAUUUUUCCGAUCAAUCCCCGGAAAGCGCGGCUCCGGAGCUGACCCCCCGGGAAAAAGCGGGGUCCCCGCCGGCGGCCGAUGCUCCUCCAGCAGCCAAGCCCACCCGCCCGCUCCCCUCACCGCUCCGCCUGGAAGAGGUUCCCAAGAAGGUUUCUGAGCAGCCUCACCUUAAGGAUGAUAACGUGGAGCCGGUCGCCUCUCCCAAAGAUUUUGGGCUGGGACAGAGAGCGACCCCACCUCCCCCUCCGCCACCCACCUACCGCACGGUGGUCUCCUCACCCGGACCGGGCACCAGCAGCGGCACGGGAAGCCCCAGCGGUUCCUCAUCUCCAGCUCGCCCUGGCACGCCGCUGGCUGCCUGUGGCACCCCACCACCCCCCCCACCCCGGCCUCCAUCCCGGCCCAAGCUGCCCCCUGGCAAGCCCACAGCUGUGGCUGACGUGUCCAGGCCUUUUAGUCCUCCAAUUCACUCCUCCAGCCCUCCUCCGAUAGCACCGUUAGCCCGUGCUGAGAGUACUUCUUCCAUCUCCUCCACCAACUCCCUGAGUGCAGCCACCACUCCCACCGUUGAAGAUGAUGCAUUUAUUGACAAACUGCCCACGUUUGAAAGGCGCUGUGAGACGCCUGCAGAGAAUGAACAGCCUUCCCUCGUUUGGUUUGACAGAGGAAAGUUUUAUUUGACUUUCGAAGGCUCAUCAAGGGGACCCAGCCCCCUCACCAUGGGGGCACAGGACACCCUGCCUGUCGCCGCCGCCUUCACCGAGACCGUCAACGCAUACUUCAAAGGGGCUGACCCCAACAAGUGCAUCGUGAAGGUGACAGGGGAGAUGGUGCUGUCGUUCCCAGCGGGCAUCACCAGACACUUUGCCAACAACCCCAGCCCAGCGGUGCUCACCUUCCGCAUCCUGAACUACAACAGGCUGGAGCACGUCCUGCCCAACCCACAGCUCCUCUGCUGUGAUAACACUCAGAGUGAUGCCAACACCAAGGAGUUCUGGGUCAACAUGCCAAAUCUGAUGACUCACCUGAAGAAGGUAUCGGAACAGAAACCACAAGCCACCUAUUACAACGUGGACAUGCUCAAAUACCAGGUAUCUGCCCAGGGUAUUCAGUCUACUCCAUUAAACCUUGCAGUGAGCUGGCGGUGUGACCCCGCAAGCACCGACCUGCGCGUCGACUACAAGUACAACACAGAGGCGAUGACCGCCCCGGUAGCUCUAAACAACGUCCAGUUCCUCGUCCCUGUCGAUGGAGGAGUAACCAAACUUCAGGCUGUGCUUCCUCCUGCUGUCUGGAAUGCUGAGCAGCAAAGGAUAUUGUGGAAGAUCCCUGAUAUCUCCCAGAAGUCAGAAAAUGGAGGUGUGGGGUCACUGCUGGCCAGGUUCCAGCUCUCAGAGGGGCCCAGCAGCCCAGCUCCCCUGGCUGUGCAGUUCACCAGCGAGGGCAGCACGCUCUCCAGCUGCGACAUCGAGCUUGUCGGCGCCGGCUACCGCUUCUCCCUCAUCAAGAAGAGGUUUGCAGCAGGUAAAUACUUGGCUGAUAACUGA